CACUCACGUAUGAUGGACGGAAUUGUGUUGUUGACAGACGAGAGACAGUCGCAGCAUGCCGAGACCGACGACGAGGGUAUCGAGAGAGACUCGGGGGACUGUGAGGACGACCUAACCCACCACAUCACGCUGGACAAAGUCAUACAGUAUUGUGGAAAACAAGUCUCGCAGCCCGCCGAGUCCCACUACCGCGCUGUCUGCCGAGCUUUGGUGGCUGAGGCUCUGGAGCUCUCCUCCUUCCUGGACAAGGUCUCGCAGGGAAAGGUCAAGGCGGAGACCGUCUCUGCUUGCACGGACCUACAAAAUCUUCACCUAUCCGACUGGCCUAACCUCAGGAUAUGGCGGACAUUGCAAGCUCGACUGUGGGUCCAAGUGAUCAGGGAGCUGAGGCACGGCGUGCAGCUGAAGAAGGUCUGCUACAGCCGGACCCCGAUAGAAUACGAGCUCACCCCGUACGAGAUCCUCAUGGACGACAUCAGGUCCCGACGCUACAAGCUCAACAAAGUCAUGGUGGAUGGCAACAUCCCCCACCGGGUUAAAAAGGACGCCCACGCUGUCAUCCUGGAGUUCAUCCGAUCUCGGCCUCCCCUCCGUAAGGCGUCAGAACGUAAACUGGCGCCCGGAGGUGCUCUUCUCGGCCACACCCAGAGGACAACUACUGGAGACCAUCAAGAGAUGCAAAGCAAAGAAGCAGCCACCCUUCUCAGCGCAGCAGAGCCACAGCUAGAGGCAUCAGAACGAAAACUUGCGCCCAGAGUGCACUACACGGCCACGCCCAGGGAACAACUACUGGAGUCCAUCAAGCAAGGCCAAGCUAAGCUGAGGCCAUCCGCUAGCCCGUUCAAGAAGAAAGAGUAUGUGCUAAUAACGACCCCCAGAAGGAAACAAACGUCAGAAAUUAAAAUGGACGUUCCCAUAGAGGAAAUUGUAAUCAAUUGAGUGGCGUCAAUGAUCUUAUAUUUUAUAUGAAGAACUAAACGGAAUAAUUAGUUAGACGACUUUUCUUCACCGCUGGGAAACACGAAUAAUGUAAAUUACUGUCAAUAAGUAAAUUAUGAGUAAUAAACCGAUAAAAAAUUG